CUAAUUUGUUCAAAGGAUGUGCCACUAGUUGCUCUUCCUACUUUCAGGAAAUUUGUAUUAUAGAGAAAAGAACAUCAUCAUGGUUGACUUUCUGAGAAGUCUCGAAAGCGAGCAGAAUCGCUUCACGGAGGCGCCCGCCUUUGGUAACGCACUUCCCGGAAGCAUUACCACAAUUCGAGGUAACAACAAGAGCAGUAGGGCUGAGCAUAACUUCUACCCGAAUUCGACGGUCGCUGGUCAGCAUGGUGCCCUUUCUGCCUCGGUUGUAAAUCUUGUUGGGGAACAGACAGGAUCGCACGUAGUACAACAACAAGAGAAUGGGAAAGCUCACUCAACAACGUCCCAUAAUGCAACAACAUCAUCAAGACUAAGAGCAGAUGAUGGAGAUCAUGUAGGAGUAGAUUCGACUCCCGACUGCGUCGGAGAUCCUGUGACAGAAGUGAAGGCCGUUUUUGAUGCUGUAGAGUCCAGAAUAGCAGCUUUACACUUGCUAACGACAAGCGACUGUUCUUGUAAUGUUGGAGGCGGUUCUAGGAGUUCAUUAGUCACAACAUCAACAACAACAUCAACAUCGUCGUCCUCGUCUGUUGAGCAGGCCACUUCAUCUGUGUCCAACGCAGCCACUUCUUCAUCAAUAUUAUCCUCAACGAAAGAAGAUCAAGAUCAUGCUGUUCCAAGAGGAGCUGGCGCAGCACCUGGCAGCUUUUAUUUCCUGUCAGAUCAAGAAAUUUUGGAUCGUCUCAUGGUCGACGAAGAUGCACACCCUUCAGACGGCGCAACGCCUGGGCAACAACAGCAGCAAGAAGAAGCUGUAGACGAGAACAGCAACAGAUACGACACGUCAACAAGAGGAGAAGGUGGAACUCAAGACGAGCUGUCUUUCAUUCUGGAGAAGCUGUGUUUUUUUCCGUAUCUGCCGGCUAAAAUUCAGACGGCACUGAGGGAGAAGAACGUGCAAGCGCUGCCUCUAGGGAGAAGAUUCACUCUGCAUCAGGAGGAAGUAUUUCUAGGAAUGUGGAUGAGGAUGACUGUGAACGUAACGUACUAAUGGAUAUAGCGAGUUGCUGGAGUCACCUGUGUAUUCAUCUGUGGAAAAAAUACGUAAGUAAGUAAGUAAGACACUCGGACAACAGCUGUAACUACACUGCACGCGGACAAAUACCAUAAACAGGUUGUAGCGAAUCAUGUCUACCAGUUUCUUCUGUGGCGAGAAAGCGAGAAUCGCGUUGUCAUGGGUUGGGCGUGGCUGUAUCGGAAUUACGACAAAUUAUGAUAUAAGGACAAAUAACUCAAGCUGAUAACGAAGCCCAUAAGUCAUCUUCCACGCUUGUUUUUGUUGUCUUGUGUUUCUAUUUCUCUUGUUUGUCUAGUCUUGUGAUUUCUCUUAUGACUACUUUUUACCAGAGACUUAGGCAAUACCACUCCCACUGCGUAGGUCGAAAGACCAUCGUCGUGAAGAUCUUCCUUCUAAUUAAAAUAUGCAAAUCUUCAAAGACGAAAUCGCAAAAAACGACAGACAACAGCGUGGUCCAAUUACCUGGCUGGAUUCGACAAUAUCUCAAGGGUGCGGGUGGAAAGACGAGUUGUAAGACCCUGUCGAAAAAGGAAGCUGCUGCGAACGAAAACCCUCAGAAAAAAUUGAAUAAAAUGCUGAAGGAACUUAUGAAGAGGAUGAAAUUUGUCGAACUCCUGGUGGUGAAAUGCUUCUCGCAGUCACAGUGAUGCAACACUACGCAUAAGGAUAAGUGUGUCGUGAAAUAUCUCAGGUAUAAUAUUUUUCUGAUUCAUCUAGCUACACCGAAGAGGGUCCUAUCCUCUUUCAUAUACCUAGAAGGCUGGAUGGACGAUCGAGCGGAAGAAGUUGAAGAAAUGCUGGCAGAUUUGCGGUCUGAUGUACUGGACACUGUUUCGAGUCACCAGCUGAUGAUGGGCUCACCAAAGAAGUCGGGUGGUGCUAGUGGAAGUCACGUGAAUGGACAUUUAUGGCCAGGGAAGGAUAUCUACUCGUACUCAAUAUGCUCAUCCCAGUACCAGGCAUUAUAGUUUUUUUUUCCUACCAAGUCAUGAUCAUCAUGGAUGGUGCAUGAGAAGACCUCCGUUGUUGUGCUACUUCAUGAUCUGUUACUUAGGUUCUAGGUACUUAGUUGUUUUGUAGCAACAAGAUCAUCAACGUCCACCCCCAUCUCCUUUUCAUACACGGCAGCAGCCCACUAUUACUACAAUGACGAGGACUUGUCGGAAGAACACGGUAUACGUUCCGAUCAAGAAGACGAGCGAUCUUCGUCAUUCCCAGAGAUGUCAACGGGAGCAGAAGGGCCUUCGUCUUCGUCAGCCUCGUUUUCUUAUGGCCAUGUUCCAUGGUCGCAUAUAAUUUCCUGGACAAUAUCCUCGGAGGACUGGCAUUCCUCUGAAAGCCGACAGUGACAUCAGACACCCUCAAGAUAUUGAGCUACAUAUAAUUCUGAAAACUUACUUAGUUCCGAUCUAGAUCUACUUUGACCUUAUUCUUCUUCCCCCUAAUCUUCGAUUCUUCUCUAAGAUUCUGCGAAUCCAAAUCCGCCUCCAGUUCCCGCUCGGCCACUGUCACCCGCAUCAAUCCAGCGCAAGGCAGAAGAACAGGAGGUGCUGGAAAAAAUAAUACAUCGCCAACGCGAAUCAUGGAUCUCAAGGCUACCGGACGUGCGAUUACUAAGACAGCAGCGAGCUGAGGAAGAGGCAGAACAACAAGUUAGAAGGCAGCAACAAGAACUGGAUGAUAGAAGAGGUGAGCAAGGGGAAAGUUCUUUGGAUGCUGGCACGGACGGGAACGGAGUAGAAGGAGGAUCUUCUUAUGGAAGGAAGAGCACUUAGCGUUAGCACGUGGGUGGAGUGAAGAUACUAGUACUAGUACUUGAUAGAUUUAUUUAAUACUACAGACAAUACCAAAAGAUCACUUACAACCACCUGGGUUUACAACUUUCAAUAUAUAUUACAGACAAUACGUAUAGAUACGAAUGGAUUUAGAUGCUACAAGAUCCAAGGAAGGAGUCCAAAUGCUAAAUACGUAGACGACGUAGAAGAUGAUAGAGGACGUAGAAGAUGACUCUAAAUUCCAGCGAGUUCAUCGUCCCAUGCCCAUGAGGGUAAACGGGUGACUAUAGCCGACCACGAGAAAGAAGUGAGGCAUUUUCCACAGCUUAGUGGUUCGGGAGUAGGAAAUGCACCGCCUUUACCAGCCUACAAGGAGCGGCGCAUGCAGCAUGCAGCGACUAGAAAAGGAGCAGGCACAGGGUUACAUCGGCAACUUCCUUUACGGCUUGCAUCACUUGAUGCCUACUUGACCUGCAUAGGAGUCGUGACCUUUGGUUGUUGGUCUUUGUAUCGCUGCUAGAGCUAGUGGUGAAUAUUUAUAAGUAAUUAUGACAGACGUUCCUCACGCGUUUACGUACCAUGAUUUUUGUAGCUGAUAGUAGAAUAGCGACGCAAAAUUGUGAGUGUGAAAUUGCAAAGAACCUCAUCGUUCCAGUUCUAAUCUACGGAGCUACAUCUUCUAUGCUGCCAGCAGGCAGCACGCAGGGAAAUUCUUCACCAGGAGGAGGCAUGCCAGGAGCGUCACCUACACCAGGCAAUAACAGGCACAAUCGCCACUCUUGUUCUACUUCUUCCGCAUUAGCAGCAAAAUUGAGUCGUAAUCCAGCGAUCGCGGCACUCUCAGCUGAUAUAGAGGCUAAAUACAGGGAGUUAGACGCUGUAAGAAGUGGAGCAAGUAGACGACUUGGGUUGGGUGUGGGAGGUGCCGACUCCAGUAGAACUUCCUCAUCAUCACCCGCUAGAAAGCGCACCUAUUCCAACGGAACAAGCUCCGGAGCUGCAGGUAGAACGCAAAGCAGUGUGUCUUCUAGAAACCAAACGAGCACAAUGGAAGACAGCGUGGCGAAUAUGAAGAUGAACCUCCUUCAGCAGAUGAACUACAAUAAUUAAGGCUCAACUUUCAAUGGUCACCAUUUAGAUUGGAGUCACUGAGAUUGAAGAGGCGACCCCUUCCUGAGAGAAGCAACAGGGGAAAUAAACGAAGGGACGAGAGCUUUGAAGGGCGUCUCUUCCGUUCAGAGUCAUGAUGACCAAGAUAUGCUGAGCUUUAAAAUAACAACCAUGAUUAUAAUGCUGAUACGUCAGCAGCAAGUGGUCAACAUUCUCAUUCUGCAACGACCACGACUACUUCCAAAAGCAAGAAGAUGAGACAACCGCAUCACCAACAAGGGUGCUCUUCCUCAGGCGUCUUUCCUCCAGAAGGAGAGCGACAUGGACAAGGACCACAUGGACUUCAGGCUCAUCCAAGUCCUCCUAUGACGCAGGAACUCAUAGAGGGAGUUAUCGCUAAGAAGUUUUCGGCUCCUGUACAGCGAGACCUAUUCGGCGAAGGCUGGACCGCAGAGCUUGUGUUCCGACCACGCAUCAAAAAUCACACGUUGGAACUGAAUGCGGAGUGGGCGUGGAAAAGGAAAUGCUGACUCUAUAGGGGGAGCGGCUUGUUUUAGCUAGGGGAAAGUAAAUACCACGAUUACUAGUGCGGAUUUCUAUUCAACAUUUUCAUGUUCAUCUACCACGGGAGAGGUGCAGCACAUUACGUUGAUCAUAAAAAUGAACGUGGUCUUUUACUCUGAGACCUCGCAGUAUUUUUGGGUCGGAUCAUAACCUGCAAUACAAGUACAGCGAAGAGUGAAGAAAGAAAGACUAUUACAAAACGUCUUACAUGAUUUUUGACACUUAAGGAUAAGGAAUACAACUGCACAGAAGUCUACUCCGUUUUACUAGGUAAAAGCUGUAACAGGAUAAGAAUAUAGCAAUACAAAUAUAUUUCCACGUUAAAUCGAGACAUCACUAUUUUAUGAAACAAAUUCACCCGUUUUCCAGACGAGCCAAGAAAUAGAAUUCCUUUAUCCGUAACAAGCAAGAGCCAUUUUUGAGUGGUUACCGUGCGCAGCU